GGCGGCGGCAGCCUCACCCUCACCCUCACCUCUUGGGGUUCCCAUGGUGAUGACAGGAUGGCGAGCGGGAGCGGGCUGAUUUGCCCCAGCGCAGGGGCUAGUGGCUUUGAGGAUGAAACUUUGAAACUACGUCAACUGAAACUGGAGAACCAGAGAGCUCUCCUGGAAAAGAAACAGAGGAAGAAGCGUCUUGAACCCUUGAUGGUGCAGCCAAAUCCAGAAGCAAAGUUGCAUAAGGUGAAGCUCAAAGGGUGUGAGGAGCAGAGCCCUUUAGUAGGACCCCAUGUGCCUGUUUGCAGUGAUGUUCACCUCCAUGGCUUUGAUGGUCCAGCUAUCUUCCUGAAACCAGGGAUUCAGGAGUUGGGGGCUAAACUCCAGAUAAUUUCACUUGGAUCAUCCUCAAGAGAAGAUGACAGUGAGCCAAAAAAGAUUGAGGGAAGUACAAUAGAUAAAGCUUCCAAUGUGAAUCUGCAAGACAUUCUGCAGAAACGAGGUAUCUCUGGCAGUAUGAAUUUUGAUGAGGAAGACACCGAGGAAGAUGAAACCAAGGAACAGUCAGGAUCUCACUCGCCCUGUUUAGAAUCUCAGAGGCCUGCUUCUGCAAACAGCCAGAAGUCUGCUACGGAAAUGGGUGCUUCCUGCGUGGCACUUUCUCAGGCAGAUGCAGAGCUGGGAGAAGUGGGAAACCUGGAGGAGUUUGUACUACGCCCAGCACCACGUGGCAUUACCGUGAAAUGUCGUAUUACUAGAGAUAAGAAGGGAAUGGAUCGAGGCCUCUUUCCUACUUACUACAUGCACCUAGAGCGGGAUGACAACAGAAAGAUAUUCCUUCUUGCGGGGAGAAAAAGGAAAAAGAGCAAAACAUCGAAUUACCUCAUUUCAGUUGAUCCAACAGAUCUGUCCAGGGAAGGAGAAAGCUUUAUUGGAAAACUCAGAUCCAAUCUUAUGGGGACUAAAUUUACUGUUUACGACCAUGGGGUUAGUCCAAUCAAAGCACAGGGGCUGGUGGAAAAAGCCCACACCCGGCAUGAGCUGGCUGCAAUCUGUUAUGAAACCAACGUGCUCGGAUUCAAGGGACCCAGGAAAAUGUCAGUCAUUAUUCCAGGAAUGAAUCUCAAUCACCAACGGAUUCCAAUCAGGCCACGAAAUGAGCAUGAGAGUUUGCUGUCAAAAUGGCAAAAUAAAAACAUGGAGAACCUAAUUGAAUUGCACAACAAAGCUCCAGUAUGGAAUGAUGACACUCAGUCAUAUGUCUUGAACUUCCAUGGGAGAGUCACCCAGGCCUCUGUGAAGAACUUCCAGAUUGUCCAUGAAAACGACCUUGACUACAUUGUAAUGCAAUUUGGCCGUGUGGCAGAGGAUGUGUUCACCUUGGACUUUAACUACCCCCUGUGCGCCCUUCAGGCAUUUGCCAUUGGACUCUCCAGUUUUGAUAGCAAACUGGCAUGUGAAUGACAGACAUAGUGCAACAAGACCGCCUCUGGUUUUUCUUCCUGUGCUAACAUCUGAGAAGAAAAUUGUACUUGAUAAUCCUAGGGUGUGUGGGGCAGAAACUAACAGCUAAACUGUCCCCUGUGCUUACCUAGAAGGAAAAUGGAGCCCUGAUGGCUGACUACAUAGAAUGCUGUCUUUCUAAGAUGUGUUCAUUCUUAGAGAAGAAUAAGGAAAAUGUAAUCCUGAGAGGGAGGCUUUUUAGAAAAGAGCCCUGCCCCCUCCCCCGAGCAGCUGAGCAUCAGUGUCUAGGAAUUCCUGUUGUUAGAAUCACGUUAAUGAAACUUUGCUGCCUGUUUUCCUCAUGAAAUUACUUGUGUCCUUGAUGUUAAUGCCACUGAUAACAUCUGUGCUCCUGUAACAAGAGAUGUCUUGGAUGUCUUGCUGCUCUUGCUAUUUGCCAGUCCUGUUUUCCAGUAAAGUUGGUUGGUUUCCA